AUGUCGAAACAAGGAAAUUGGCGAAGCGGGUCAUUGCUAGCAACUUUGCAGCCAGGAAAGACCUGGAGGCAACCAACUGUAUCGAGGAUCACAAGGCUUUCGGGGUCAGGGUAUUACCCUUGGGAAAGGGUAUAUCACAUUCACAUACUCAACCGGAUGUCAAACAAAGCUCCACCGCUGACGGUGCACGUGACGUCGAAGAACCACGAUCUUAAAGAGCACACCAUUGGGAAAGGUGGCGAUUUCCAGUUCCAUUUCCGCCCCAACUUUUGGUAUAACACGGUUUUUAAUUGCGUUUUCAAGAGCGGUGGUAAAACCAAGGCAUUUGAUAUUUACAAGCCCGGUGACUAUAGCUAUGGGAGUAAAAUUUGCCGUCUUCUUAAACAGAGGCCGGUGAAUUGGAAGGUGCAAGAUGAUGGGUUUUACCGCAGCUGUGACGGUGAAAAUUAUCAGAAGAUGUAUGAUUGGGGGUGUCCGUGA